UCUCAUUUUUUGUCAAAAGGAAAACUAGAUAGACUGAAGGCAUAAUGUUAUAUAUGGACAAAGUCUAAGAUCCAAGAUGGCGACUGCUUCGAGAUUUAUUCAAAGACUCCGUAAUUUCUUCGCUGGGAGGGAUCUCCAACCAACUCUGAAUAACCGAUACGCUUAUGGACAGUCACUAAGAACCCAACCAGAUCCUGUGCUACCCGAUGGCCCUUCUCACCGUCUAUCAGCAAAUUACUACUGUUCUCGUGAUGGCAGGAGGGAGUCACAGAGACCCAUUCAUGUGUACUCUGCCACUCAAAGGCUCCCCGCUCCUCAGGCUGAAGAAGGAGGAGAGAGUGCAGUUGGGCCUGCGAUGAAGAAACCUGUUAUACCAGGACCACCUCCACCUGCCAUGAAACUUUCGACAGAUGAACCCUAUCUAUGAUGCAUCCAUUUUUAAUAUUCUUGAGGAGAAGGAAAAGAAAUGCCCUUGCUAACCACUAGAGGUCCAUUUCAAGUGUCAUUGAUUUCUUGGUUGUGCACUCAUACUCAAUAUGUUUGUGCUGUUUGUUUCACAUAUACAGAAAUACCAAGUUAUUGGAAGUAUGGAUGAAUAUAUGACUCUAUACUUCAUAGGAUGGUCAAUAAAAUUAUUUGUUUGUUUCAUCUGUUUUAUGCAAUUUAAGCUUGAUAUGUGAUAAAACAUUUUCUAUUUAUAAUGUUUCUGGUCGUCUUUACAGAUAAUAAAAAUAUGUCAUGCCUAUGAAACAAUAUUAAGAAGACAUAAAUCAAAUCUUUGACAAAUCUUUCUACAAAUCCGUCAUAUGCAAUUAACGUAAUGCUUUUACCAGGAAACUCUUUGACCCAAGAUAUUUGCUGUGGUGUAGGUCUAAGCUUUUGUAAGCUUCCUAGCAAUAUCCAUUCAAAAUGAUUGUGUUUGGCAUGCAUUUAUGGAAUUUAUGGUUACAAAGGCUGUGAGAAAUUGUAAAUAUAUGAAUAAACUAUGAGUCAACAUAUACCAUUAAAAUUGAAA